GCCGCAUUGUUCACACAACAGGGUGCAGGGUCAGGUCAAAUUACACUGAACACUGGUGAUAACUAGACCAAUUUAACUUCUGCUUUUCCCGUGCAAUUCCGUGCAUUUGGUCUAAGAAACUCGGCCACGACACAGGAGAGAAAAUGUCGAAAAAGGUCGCUGUAGUCACCGGAGCAAACAAAGGCAUCGGCCUCGCUAUAGUGAGAGGGCUCUGUAAGGCAGGAUACAGCGGGGACGUGCUUCUCACUGCCCGCAACGAAAAGCUGGGGCUCGAGGCAGUGGAGCUGCUGAAAGCAGAGGGUUAUAAAAAUGUAUUCUUCCACCAACUCGACAUCUGCGACCAGACCAGCUGUCUGGCGCUUAAGACUUUUUUGGAGAAAAGCUACGGAGGCCUGGAUGUGCUCGUUAACAACGCGGGAAUCGCAUUCAAAGUAAAGGCACCAGAGCCAUUUGGGGAGCAGGCUGAAGUCACCAUGCGCACCAACUUUUGGGGAACACUUUGGGUGUGCCAUGCUCUCUUGCCUCUGCUGAGGCCCAAUGCCCGCGUGGUUAAUGUAUCCAGCUUUGUCAGCAAGCGGUCACUUAAUGAAUGCAACCCUGAACUGCAGGCAAAGUUUAGAAGCACAGAGAUUUCAGAGGAGGAGCUUUGUCUGCUGAUGGGGGAGUUUGUUGUUGCUGCGCAGAAUGGAGAGCAUAAGGCUCAGGGAUGGCCAAGCACUGCUUAUGGCCCCUCCAAGAUCGGUGUGACGGUGCUUUCAAGGAUCCAGGCUCGUGUUCUCAAUGAGACAAGACCCGGUGAUGGAAUCCUCCUCAAUGCAUGUUGUCCAGGCUGGGUCAGAACAGACAUGGCUGGACCGAAUGCCCCAAAAAGCCCAGAGGAAGGAGCUGAAACUCCUGUCUACCUGGCUCUGCUGCCAGAGGGAGCCAAAGAGCCACAUGGACAGUUGGUUUGGGACAAAACAGUGCAGGAGUGGUAGCAAAUGAGAAAAUGUAGUAACAGUUAUUCAGGAAUGUUAAACUGGCCAAAAUAACAAUACAUGCACGUAGGUGUAACCUCUAGACCCAGCAAGUGUGAAAUUCACAGCCUCCAAACUUUAUAAAUUCACUGGUAGUGAUACGGUACAUUUCCACCAUUACAAUCAUUAGUAACACCAGCAGUUUAUCCAGUUUUGAUUUUCUUUACUGUGAUAUACUUCUUUAGUAAUCUUUUUUAAUUAUUUCAUACAGAAUCAUGAAUGUUUUUUACUUAAUUUGAUAACAACAGUAUUUCUUACAUAGUUAAACACACAUACAAACAGUGUCAAAUGGUCAGAGAGAGAGAGGGAGCAGAAAAAAAUCUGAUUAUGUAAUAUUAUCUGUAAGAUGAGAUCCUAAUGCAUUUUAAAUAAGUUCCAAUUACUUUUUAGGCUGUAGGGUGUAACAGAAUUAUUGGCCAGAGUUAAUGGAAGUUUCAAGUAUCCCAGGAUUAAACAAUGGUAUAAACUCAAAAAUUGAGACAAACUGUAUUUUAUAUGGGUAAAUCAUAUGGGUUCACACCUAUGAAUGCAGUGUGUAUGAAGUAAACCUGAGUAUAGCUGAUCCUGCAUGGAAUGAAUCCUCCUUUUCAUUAACCAUGCUGGAGAUAAUAUUCAGAAUGAAUCCAUGAAAAGUACUAAAAACAAAAUUAUUUGAGGAUGAACAGCAAUAAAGAGAUAAAUUAAUUGCUCCAGUACCUGUUGUUAUACAAACGUUUAAUAAUAAAACAUUUGCAUCUAA